CUGAGUUCACCCCUAGCAAGAGACUGAGAUUGAAAAUGGGGAGUGAGAUUCAGAGUUCAGAAAUCGAUGAAUGGCGUUUCACAUGGGAAUCACAGUCUCAAACCCCAACCCUUCGUUUACUCCUUCUCUUCCCCAAAACCCUCCUUCCUCCUCCCUCUCUCCAAACCAUUCGCCUCCACUCCUCACACUCUUCCCUCCUCAUCUCCCUCUCCUCCUCCGCCGUCUCCCUUAGGGUUCCGAUUCCGGCUAGAGUCUUACUCGACGCCGACGCUCCUCCUACCUUCCGCGCACUCUCCGACCACAUCGAGGUCAAACUCCUCCUCCUUCUCCCCCUCCACCACCCUAUCCUCUCCGCCCUCUCUUCUCAACCGUCCUCCCGUCCUCUCUCAAUGGAUUCCGAUGUAGAAAAUCUGUCUUCCCAUGGAGAAGUUGAUUUUUACUGCAGAACUUGUGCCUUCAAGUUGACCAAACAUCCACUCAGAUUUUCACUGACAUACAUAUUCUGAAACUACGCUCGCUCUCAAAAUGCGUCACUCAACAACGUUAACCGUUUUAUUUCUCGGUGUUCUUUUGAAGACACCAUGGAUCGCUUCAAUUUCGAUGCCAACCUCCAAUUGCUACGCUUUCGAUAACUCAAGUCGCAUUUUUGAUUUCAGUAGCUGGAUUGGUUACCUUUGGGAGUAUGAUGAUGUCAAGGAAGGUUCUGACUUGGUGAUACGAUUUUGCAAAGAUGUGGAGCGUAGAUCACAAACGGGAUAUGUUGAUUUCGGCCGUUUUGAUAGAUUCAACUACUUUGUUGCUGGUUCUGGUCAGUCUGACUUUGUACAAGAGUUUUAUAAUGGUGACCUGAUGGGUUGUGAGCAAACUUUUGACAAAAUGGGACGAACAGAACAGGUAAAUAUUAUAUGUGGGAGUUGUUUGAAUGGACAAUGUAAAGGGCGUCCUGGAUGCAUAUGUAAUGUGACAUAUGAAUCAAAAUGCAGAUGUUCGCACUUCUAUCGCUUAAUGGAGGGUACAGCUCCCCUUUGCUCCCAUUUUCUAACUUAUCCAGAAACAAAUAUAGUUACUACUUGCUAGAUCCAUUGCAAAGGCCAAGUAUCAUGCUAUAUUAUUAUGACUGCAACAACUUGUGGACUUGUUUGGUUAAAGUAAUUGCUUGAACAUCUUAAAGUGAGAAAUGUCAAGGAAAUGAAACUAUUAUGUCACAACUUGCCUAUGCUUCUAUCCCAUUUUCCAUGAAAGAGCCAACUACAUAGAUAUUAAUUGCCAUUUUGUUAGAGAAACUGUUCUCUCUGACAAAAUCACUACUGGUUUUUGUCAACUCCAACAACCAUUUAACGGAUAUAUUGACUGAGUCUUCAAAGGGCCUUGGGUUGUGUAGGAUCUAAUAGUAAGGUUUGGGACUUGAGUCCCACAUUGGAAGUAUAUGAUUCUGGUGUAGGGUUUAUAAGGUCUUGGGUUCUGCAACUACAAUGGCUAGCUUAUAUGGUAUGGUUCUCUCAAGGUUAUUAUCAAUUGUUAUCAGAGCCUUUCACUUCUCUCAGCCACAAACAGGUGGUAGGUGGUGACAGUGUUUGCCCGGGUCAAAGAGCUAGUGCACAGUCAGCCCACAUGGGUGCUGGAGCUGUGUAGCGUGGUAGGAUGUUAGGAUCUAAUUUCAAGAUAUGAGAUUUUGGUCCCACAUCCGGAGUAUGUGAUUCUGGUCUGGAGUAUAUCAGGCCUUGGGCUUUCCAACUAUCAUGCUAUAUUUUGUGGUAUGGUUCUCUUGAGGUUCUUAUAAGAUCGGUUUUAUUUGUAACAAGCAUUGACACUUUUGACAUUUAUGUUUCAUCUCAAGGGGGAGUGUUAGAAUUAGUCACAUGUUAAUAAUUAGCCUUUAAUAAUCACAUAGCGAUAGCUGGCUCAUAUAGAUUAUUAGGAAUUAGCAUGAUAGUAUUUAUAUUAUGCUUUGUAAAUUGUAAUUACUCUCUAUUUGUAGUGUCACUGUAACUUCUGUGUAAUUGACACAAAAUCCUUCAGUUCUUUAAACAUGACAAAGGAAAGAACAUAUAAUGUGAAUACAUCUAUUCAAUUAUUUUUUAGCAGACAUUAAUUA